AGAUGCCCAUCAUAACUUGCUGCAUGCAAAACUGAAGAAAGAGAUUGGAGAUGCUGUCUUACUGAAAUACUAAGUACAUUCAUAGACUUCUAUAGGACGUAUAUACAUCAGUAAAGUAUAGAUUGAUACUAGCGAAGUGAAGUGACAUACUAACGACUUCGAUCAGUGUACUAUAAGUAUUGAAAGUCAUGCAGAACACCGUGCGUAUGAGAGGCAUUAAUGAGCACAUCACUUGUAGCCUGUGUGCCGGCUACCUCAUUGAAGCCACCACCAUCACGGAGUGCCUGCACACCUUCUGCAAGUCAUGUAUAGUGAAGCACCUUCAGAGUAACAAUGAUUGUCCCACCUGUAACGUGGUAGUACACGAGACACAGCCACUGCUUAACAUCAGACCUGACCGUACCAUGCAAGACAUAGUCUACAAGUUGGUUCCAGGAUUAUACAAGAGUGAGCAGAAAAGGAGAGAAGAGUUUUAUCUUGAGAGGGGAGAGUCUGAUCCAAGUGCUCGCCCCCCACCGAUAGACCCCCUCGACAGUGCCACAGAGUUUUCUCACACUCACUUCAGUAGAGACGAUGAUCUCAUCUCCCUCAAGUUUGAGCCAGACAGUUCUGUGACUGACAAAGAUAUGCUCCAGGAUUUGUCUCGGAAGUUCAUGAGGUGUUCUUCUCGGGUGACUGUCUACCAUUUAAAGAGGUUCCUGUUACAGAAGCUUUGUGUGCCAGCGCUGUACGAUUUGGACCUCGUGUGCAAUGGACAAACUCUGCAUAAAGACAACACUCUAAAAUUCAUCUGGAUUUCACACUGGCUGAAAAAGGAUCCUCCACUCGUUCUUUCCUAUCGAUUGAAAAAGUCCCUUGGUUAAAAACAAUAACAAUCAUCUUUACCCAUGUUCAGUUGUGUAACUUGUGUUUCAGCCAUGUUGCUGCAUACUAACAUAAUAAUAUACCUCUUUUUAAUGUUAAAAAUAUUUCCACUAUUAUAAAUUCAAAGUAUGUAUA